AUUGUGAACCACUUGUAUAAAAGGGCAAAGAUAUCAUCAUAUGCAAGUCUCAAGAAAAGCUAUGGCUUCAUUGCAUAAGAUUCUGGUGUUGCUCUUCUUGUUGGCAAUGCCAAAAUCACAUGGUGUUGAAGAUAAAGUGAAGGUCUCAUUGUACUACGAAGCCUUAUGCCCAUAUUGUGCUAAUUUCAUUGUAAAUCAGCUUGGGAAAGCUUUGUUUCAAUGGAAUCUCAUCUCCAUUGUUGACCUCAAGAUGGUUCCAUGGGGAAAUACUCAAUUUGCUCCUAACAAUGAGUGGAUUUGCCAACAUGGCCCUGAUGAAUGUGAGAUUGACAUAGUAGAAGCUUGUGCAAUUGACUUGUUGCCUCAAACGGGAUUAAGGUUUAAGUUGAUUGAGUGUAUUGAAAGCCUGAAUCUGCAAGGAAGGCAUGCUGAAUGGAAGUCAUGCAUGAAUUCACUCAAUAUAUACCCAAAGCCUAUCAUGGAUUGCUACCAAAGUAGAAAGGGUGUUGAUCUUGAACUAAAGUUUGCUGAUGAGACACUCAAACUCAACCCUCCUCACAGAUUUGUUCCAUGGGUCAUUGUCAACAAUCACCCUCUUCAAGAGGAUUACCAGAAUUUUGUUGGAUAUAUCUGCAAAGCCUACAAGGGAGGAAACAAAAUACAAGCUUGUCAGCAACACCUACUUGACACCAAUUCUUUCAAAGAGGCAAACUCUAGCGGUGUCUGCUAUCGGAAUGAAAACGAGCACACUAUGCCAUUUAGCUAUAACUUCCAACUGAAUACAUAAUGUCGAUCGAUCUAAGUACUAUAGCCUAAUUGUUCUUGAUAGAACAUUCAAAAUUUAACAAAAUGAUUUGAAUGUAAUGCAUCUAAAUUAAGCUUCAAAAACAAGCUUGUGUUGGUUAGCAUCAAUGAAGAGGUUCUUUUUUAUA